UUCACACCAUGUUCAAUGGUCAUGAAUCCAUGUUAAAUGCAGACUGCCUGUGUGAGUGGGAGUGCCUCGACAUAAGUUUUGCCGUCACUUGAUUGCUGCCGUCGUCGUAGAGGGAGGGGGCUGUACUACAGUCUGCUGCCAUGUGGACUCUGCUGCUGCUGCUUCUGCUGCACGCGCUACACAAACCAUCCGCGCACACCGAGAGAGGAGGCUGCACGGACAGCUGCGUCCCACUCCUGACGCAAACAUCUUUACAUCCUUUGGCACGGAGCUGACUUCUGAUCGCUCACACUCUGACUUUAUCACACCUUUCUCAUUCAGAGCGGAGGGGAGCUUCGCGGACAUUUAGAGCUUCUAGGCCUCCAAGGAUGGACUCCAUACCUGCAGGACGGGACUCCAGCUCUUCGCCAAGCUCCAAACAGGAACUUACCUACCCCAUCAAGAACCUGAAGCCCAACCAGGUCGGAGAGACGGUGCUGUACGGAAUACCCAUCGUGUCUUUGGUGAUUGACGGCCAGGAGAGACUUUGCCUUGCACAGAUAUCAAACACCCUGUUGAAGCAUUACAGCUAUAACGAGAUCCACAACCGGCGCGUGGCCUUGGGGAUCACGUGCGUGCAGUGCACUCCUGUCCAGUUGGAGAUCCUGCGUAGAGCCGGAGCGAUGCCCAUCUCUUCCCGGCGCUGCGGGAUGAUCACUAAACGCGAGGCCGAGAGACUCUGUAAGUCCUUCCUUGGAUCUCAUUCACCACCGAAACUUCCAGAAAAUUUUGCCUUUGAUGUGUCCCACGAAUGCGCUUGGGGGAGCAGAGGCAACUUCAUCCCAGCCAGGUACAACAGCUCCAGGGCUAAGUGCAUCAAGUGCUCCUACUGCAACAUGUACUUUUCUCCAAAUAAAUUCAUUUUUCAUUCGCACCGCACGCCAGAGUCCAAGUACACGCAGCCAGAUGCAGCUAAUUUUAAUUCUUGGAGAAGACAUCUGAAAUUAUCAGAUAAAGGCAGCUCCACUGAUGUUUUACACGCCUGGGAAGAUGUGAAGGCCAUGUUCAAUGGGGGAAGUCGGAAGAGGACUCUGCCAGGCAGUGGGUCAAGCUCAAGCUCUUCGUUAAAACCACAUGGACCCAUCCGUCCUCGAGAAUCACCGGAGAUACCCGCAAAAAUCCUCAACUGCGAGGACACCCGGGGGAGCAUGCCGAGCGCGCGCAGCUACCCGGUCAUCCCGGUGCCCAGUAAAGGGUUCGGGAUGCUGCAGAAAAUCCCCCCGCCGCUUUUUCCCCAUCCGUACGGCUUCCCAGCUUUCGGCCUGUGCCAGAAGAAAGACGGAAGCAUGAUGGGGGAGCAGAGCGAAGCGGGCCUGCCGGGUGUGCUGUGGCCUGGUACCAAGGACAGCGCCUAUCACUCCUUCCCAAUGUUCUGGCCCGCGGCAGGCGCCCUGCCCAUUCCUCCGUAUCCCCAGACCCAGCACAAACUCCCACCCGAGCUGCUGUGUCCCCCCAGACAGACUGACAUAGACAUAUCAGAGCACAGCGACCGCAGCACCAACACCUCAAAGGACAGCCUGGUGGAGAACGAGCGCUGCUCCAGCACUCAGUCCACGCGGAAUGAAGACGAUAAGUCUGGGGAUGAAGCGAGGCCGCUUGAGGGGAUGAUGGCCCACGCACCCCGGAAGAUCAGCUAUGUGUCCGCGUUCAGGCCUGUGAUCAAAGACGCGGACUGUAUCGCCAAGCUGUAUGGAAACAGAGGUGCUUUUAUCGGCUCUCGCACCGGCUACUUAUCACCUGAUUUUCUAAGUGAGAGCUCGAGCUACCGGUCCAUGUCCCCGUGUGCGGACAGCGAGGGCGAGCCAGACGUGGACGUGGAGACGAAUAAAACAGCAGAGGAGGAGGAGGAGGAUGAGGGGGACUCGCGGCCUCUGUCCUCAGUGUGUCCGCGGAGUCCUGUCGGCCUGGCUCACAGUGUUUCCCCAAACGGGUCAGAGUCAACGGGCCUACACGAGGGCAGCGUGGUGGAGUCCCAGAAAAUGAGCGUGCACGUUGGCCAGUCCUCUGACAGAGAGCAACACAACAAACAGCUGACAGAGAGCCACAUAGCUGCGACUUUCUCUGAAGUGUUCACACCGGAGAGAGCUGAGCUGCAACAAAGGAGCAGCCCGUAUCAGUUCAGACCUGCACAUUACCACACCGGAGUGCUUACAACACAUGAUGAGAGUUCGAGUAAAGAGGAGCCGUCUUCCACAGUGGAGGAGAUCGAAACCAAAUCUUUUCAUGAACAAAGCAGCGAGGAGAGCCAGCGCGAGACAGAGGAGGGCGAAGACGCGCAGGUCAUAGCUCAGCCAGCACAAAGAACCAUGGAAACUCUGGCAAAAGAGGAACUACAGAAGCAGCUGUUAGAGCAGGUUGAGCUGAGGAAAAAGCUGGAACGUGAAUUUCAGCACUUGAAAGAUAAUUUCCAGGAUCAGAUGAAGAGGGAGAUGUCCUACAGGGAGGAGAUGGUUCAGCAGCUCCACAUCGUCAGAGAAGCUCACGACGCUUUACACCACUUCUCGUGUAAGAUGUUGACUCCUCGCCACUGCAGCGGAUCCUGCUCCUUCAAAUCUCCUCUGCUCCCACCCUGAUCACAUCUCGUGUGACAGAGACAUUAAGGACUCAUCUGUACAUCUGCAGCUUCUGUCAGACUAUUUAAAAAGAAAAAAAAAGAAAACAAGGACCCUCUGAGGGAUCCGGAUGAAAGCAGACUAAAUUGUAAUUACUUGUACAUUUUUAAAAUAUGUAUCUCCACACUCAGCAUUUAUGUCACUAUCUUGCAAACUGUGAAAUUUGUUUUACUGAAAUAAUAGCCUACCAUUGAUGAUAUUUAUUAUUUAUGGCAAAGUGCAAUGACAAUGUAUUUAUCCUGUAAUAGCUCGUUUUUUGUUGAUUUUGGGUCAAUAGCUUCUCUGACUAGCCAAUUCGUUGCUCAUAAUUAUUCCAGUAUUGUGUUUUAGCCUACUACUUUUGCUGUGUUUUGUGUCUUUGCAGACCAUUAUGGCUCACCUUGGAUGUGCUCUUUAAACAAGUGAUUGGAUUUCCAUAAAAAGCUUCUGCAUUGAAUUAGACCAACAAUACUUCUUAAGCGGGCAAACCUAUUCCGUGUGCUUCUUAAGACUUAAAAGACACAGAAGCUAGUAGGCUAAACUACUACACCCAAGACUUUGUGAUAUAGCGACAUAUUCUAUUAAGAAUAACCUAUUUGUCCAUGUAAUAUUUGUUUUCAUCACUGACAAAUAAAUCAUUUUAUUAAAAGAA